ACCGAGAGAAUUUUCAUUCCUGGGAACACUUGGUUGUGGCUACUGUAGGUAUACUUGAAGGAGCAAUAACGGAAAUAUGUCUUGACUGUUGGAUUGGUUGUUAGAGCUCGUUAAAAAAAGUUCAAAUACUGAUAAAAGGUUGUAGUGUCAUAUAGUUUCAAUGAAAAUGGCCAUAGAGCUGGAUCCAAAAGAAGUUGAAGCGCAUCUUAAUCGAUUGGGCUAUUACAACAUAACAGAAGAACAACUAAAAGAGUUUAUUAAAGAUUUGAAGAAACUUAUAAAAUAUGAUCAGCACUUGUUCUGCACAUGUAAUGAAUCAACUAAAGACAGUGAAAGUUCCUGCACAGGAACUUCAACUGAGGUGUUGAGCAAUUAUAAUUUAACCUCAUCACCUGGUGAAAAAGAAAACAGCCAUGUUGAAAAUCAUAAAAAUGACCAAGCCCAUGAUCGUGCGGAACAGAAAUAUGUACUUUGUUCAAGAUCAUUCCCACAUAAUGUACAACCAGAUAACAGUUCCAGUACAACUUAUGUAUCACCAUGCGCUACAGCUCUCCCUAACGUGGCAGGAAACACGAAAAAAUCAAUUAAUCAUUCAAAACAGAAACAUUCUCAGAAAACAAGAUCUGUAGAAAAUCUUCAAGAACCCAUGAAACCAAAACGUUCAUUCAUACGACCAAGGAAUAUUCAACCUGGACAACAAGUAGAGGCACCUAAGCGAUGCGACCCAGUAAAGCUUUAUCAUUAUUACCAGGACAUCUGGAAGCAGCAGAAGGUCCCUGGUGAAUGCUGUCAUUCUGAUCUACGAUGGUGUAUACGAGAGAGAAUGCUAGGCGAAGACCCACAUCCUCGUCCCGUUUCAAGAGCUUCAUCCACGAGGACACUGAAUAGGCAAUGCAGAAAAUUGUAAAUUGUUACUGCUUAUCAAACUGAUACUUGAUCCUGUGGUUUACUUUGUUUGCUUGUAACUGGUGCCAGAAGGCGUUACUUGUAAAUUUUAAUAUUCUAAUGAAUCAGACAUGCAUUUCUGUUGAUGUUAAAAGAAAAGUAUUGUAGGACAGUACUCCAGAUGUGCAAUAAAUUACUUUUGAAUCUUGUUUA